AUCCAGCUCGUUUCCUCCCACAGUCACAUCAGCAGGGCGGAGGAGGGACCGGUGACCUUAUAGCCUCCAGCCUGGCACCAGUACUGGAGCUUUAACCAGCCUGGACAAACUCUACAACAGUUGUCUGUUGGUAGUUUUAGUUUAUCAGUUAGCACUACGUUGUUUUAUAUCUCCCAGCAGCCAUGAUGAGCAAGCAGGACAAGCAGAGCAAACACGUGCUGGAGUGUCCCUCAUCUUCUCCAUCUGUGUCCCCACCUAAAGGCCAGAAACCCCCGAGGAUGCCCAAGUGCUCCCGCUGUCGGAACCACGGCUACGUGUCUCCUCUGAAGGGACAUAAGCGCUUCUGCAACUGGAGGGACUGCCAGUGUCCCAAAUGUAAACUGAUAGCUGAGAGGCAGAGAGUAAUGGCGGCCCAGGUCGCCCUGAGGCGACAGCAGGCACAGGAAGAGGAGCUUGGGAUUUGUAGUCCGGUGGCUCUGUCCGGCCCAGAGGUGAUGGUGAAGAAUGAAGCUGGAGCAGACUGCUUGUUCUCUGUGGAGGAACGACCCCCGACACCAACCAGUACCUCCACUUCCUCUCUUGCUAUCACAGGCAGUCGCUCGGCUGUGUCCCCCAGCCCAUCAGCUGCUGGCCGGGCUCAUAAUGAGGGAUCAUCAGACCUGCUGCUGGAAACUUCCUAUUACAACUUCUACCAGCCGUCACGCUACCCCACCUACUACGGCAACCUCUACAACUACCAGCAAUACCAGCAGAUGCCUCAUGGUGAUGGCCGCCUGUCCAGCCACAACAUGUCCUCUCAGUACCGCAUGCAUUCCUACUACCCAGCAGCCACCUACCUGACUCAGGGUCUCGGCUCCACCACCUGUGUGCCGCCCUUCUUCAGCCUGGACGAAAACAACAACAACAACAACAACAACAGCAACUGCUCUGAGACCAUGGCAGCCUAUGAAGUAGAUCUGAUCUCUGAUUUCUGGCACCAAUCUCAGAUGGGAAUCUCGCCUGGAUUUUCUGCCUCUCUGCCAGUAGCUCCUUCUCACCCGGCACUGGUCACGACUCCGCCAUGACCUGCAGGUCCAUCAGCUCCCUGGUUAACUCUGGUGUCAACGAGUGCGAGGCCGACAGCGAGAUGCCAAACUUCACCGUCGACUCCAUCAUCGAUGGCAACGCCUCCAAAUAAACAGCUAAGGAUGUUAUUAUACAUUAACUUGCAAAACUAUUUCAUGGUUCACUGUUGCUGCAGGUUUCUGUUUCUGUCCAGGAGGCACGAUAACGUUUAUUCAAUAUCGUAGUUGAGAAUACAGGUGGUUUUCGUUUAGUUCAUUUUUAGCUGUUAAAUAUUUAGUUGACGCCAGUUCACGAGCAUAGAAAGGGCUCGGAAAGUUAAAGAAAAUAAAUGUAUGAUAUGAAGGGCUCAUUCUAAGCUUACGAAAACACAGCAAUUCUUAGUUUCAGGUGAUCAUACACUAAUUAAAACACAGUUAUGAAUAUUAUAUUCCAUUUCUGCUA